GGGCGGGGAGUCUCAACGCGUCUCCAUUGAUGAUGGCAACACCGUCCAUUGAAGCCUCUUUCUUCUUCUUCUUGGUCAGUCUUUGACGUUGUGUUACCGGACGAGCAUGAGAGACGGAGACUCCUUGUCUGGACGUUUCCUAGGACGACGCGACUAGACAAAAGAAAAAGUGGAAACAGUCUUCCUUUGCCUUACCUGCCGCAUGUAAAUUUGGCUGUCUCUUCACCAUGGACCCCCUCGAAGCCCAGAAUAUAUCAACACCUGUGGCGAAUUCCCAGUCACCUGUUGUGAAUUCACAAGCCCCCGUAGCGAAUUCCCAGCCUCCCGUUGUGAAUUCACAAUUCCCUGCGGCGAAUUCACAGCCUCCUGGUGCGAAUUCCCAGUCACCUGUAGCGAAUUCACAGCCUCCUGUUGUAAAUUCACAACCUCCAGCAGCGAAUUUACAGCUUCCUGUUGGGAAUUCACAGCCUCCUGUUGUGACAGUGAAAGAAAUAGAAGAAAAUUACUUUGACAAAGCUCUCACAACUGCAUGCGGAUGGUUGCCAGCACGAGUAGCUAUUGGUGGGCUAACCCUGCUGGGAUUCGUGAAUCUGUACAUGGUCCGCGUCAAUAUUUUCAUGGCUAUCGUGGCCAUGGUUAACUCCAACGACACAGCUCCUACAAACGUCAAUCCAGAGGCUCAGUGUUUAGAAGGGGAAGGUCUUGAUCGAAUGACACUGAGGAACGGACCACUUUUAGCGGGGAAUUUGACUGGGGUCAUUUCGAGCCUAGAGGAACACGACCAGCCCUACAGCGACCAACUGACCGGUUUCUCGGAGAGGCCGCCCGUGGAAAAGGUCUUCGAGUGGAACGGGUUGACGCAGGGACUCAUCCUAGCCAGUUUCAACUAUGGAUACGCCGUCACCCAGGUGAUGGGUGGAAGAUUAGCUGAAGUCAAAGGGACGAAGUACGUGUUCGGCAUCUGCAUCCUGACAGGUGCCAUCGUCUCCUUCCUGACACCGCUGAUGGCCCACAUUCACUACAUCGCUCUCAUUGCCACCAGAAUUACACUGGGGCUCGUCCAGGGCGUCUCUUGGCCUUCGAUUCACGCCCUCAUAGCCCGAUGGAUUCCGCCCCUGGAGAGACCCAGAUUCGUCUCCAUCGUCUAUUUUGCCGCUACAUUUAGCAUUACGCUCACCUUCCCUUUGUGCGGAGUUGUGAUCGCUAAGCACGGUUGGGAGGCCGUGUUCUACACGAGCGGGGCGUGCUCCCUCUUCUGGUGCUUCUUCUGGUUCACCUGCAUGUACGACGACCCCUCCGAGCACCCCAGAAUCAGCGAAGAGGAGAAACAUUACAUCCAGCAAAGCGUCAGGGCUGGCGGGAAGUCUCGAGACCCGUCACUCAUCACCCCGUGGAAGCAGAUCGCGACGAGCCUCCCCAUGUGGGCCAUCAUCGUAGGGGACAUGGGUAACGCUUUUGGGCUGGCCAUCUACACUAGUCAGCUUCCGACUUACAUGAGGAAUGUCCUGGGGUACUCCAUUCAGAAGAAUGGCCUAGUGUCCGGACUCCCGUUCCUGUGCCGGUAUCUUGGGGCCGUUUCAUCUGGCAUCCUAGCUGACUGGCUUCUCUGCAGAGAAUAUCUGUCCAUCGUAGCGGCUCGCAAGCUCUUCUGUUCUAUCGCAAUGUUUGGUCCAGCAAUCCUUCUGGUUGCUGUGAUUUACUCCGGUUGCUCCGUCACCACAAUAGUGGUGUUGCUCUGCCUGGCUAAUUUCUUCAACGGGUCCAUAGCUGCCAGCCAGCAGGUCAAUCACACGGACAUAGCUCCAAAUUUCUCUGGUACCCUCUUCGGUAUCAGCAACACCUUCGCCGCUGCAACGUCUUCCAUCGCACCCGUAGCAGUGGGUGCUGUCAUCAACGAAGUGCAAACGAUGGAGCAGUGGGAGAAGGUGUUUUGGAUGUGCAUUCCAGUGUUCGUGGUUGCUGGCUCCUUCUUCUUGAUAUUUGGGUCUGGAAGCGUGCAGCCCUGGAACUUCGCUGGCCAGAGAGAAGACGACGAUGCCCUCCGAGCUGUGACCAGUCACUUACAGACUGUCAACGAAGAGGAUGAACAGAUACAGAUACAGGACAUUGAAAAGGUAAUAUAGGAGGGCAUUCCAUGACUCCUGGAAGAAGAAGAAGAAAAGGAAGAAGAAGAAGAAGAAGAAGAAGCAGCUCCAUGUAUCUCUAGAAAAUAUCAUAGGUCCCCCUUGACUCCUGCAAGAAGCCUCAUGUGUCUAUGGAAAGUAUUAUAGGUCCCCCAUGACUCCUGGAAGAAGCUUCAUGUGUCUCUGGAAAGUAUUAUAGUUCCCCCCAUGGCUCCUGGAAGAAGCUUCAUGUGUCUCUGGAAAGUAUUAUAGUUCCCCCCAUGGCUCCUGGAAGAAGCCUCAUGUGUCUAUGGAAAGUAUUAUAGGUCCCCCAUGACUCCUGGAAGAAGCUUCAUGUGUCUCUGGAAAGUUUUAUAGGUCCCCCAUGACUCCUGGAAGAAGCUUCAUGUGUCUCUGGAAAGUAUUAUAUGUCCCCCAAGACUCUUGGAAUUAGAAGGUUCACGUAUCUCUGGAAAGUAUUGAAGGGCACCAUGACUCCAGGAAGAAGAAGAAGAAACUUCAUGUAUCUCUGGAAAGUAUUGUAGGUCCCUCAUGACUCUUGGAAGAAGAAGAAGAAGAAGCUUCAUGUAUCACUGGAAAGUAUUAUUGGCCCCACCCCAUAACUCCAGUAAGAAGCUUCACGUAUCUCUGGAAAGUAUUGUAGUUCCCCCAUGACUCCAGGAAGAAGAAGAAGAAGAAGAAAAAAGAACUUUUUGCAUAUCUGGAAAGUAUUAUAGGUCCCCCUAUGACUCCUGGGAGAAGAAGCUUCCUAUACUUCUGGAAAUUAUUUAUAGGUUAAACUUAAGAAUCCUGCAGAUGGGAACAGCAUCAACAAUCCCAAAUAUGUUUACUUAAGUGAUUGUUUUUUUUUUUUUACAUUAUGUCUUCGUAGACAAUUGUUUGUUGUAAAUGCCAGAGGUACUCGUAUGAAAUGUUCAGCUGUCGCGUUCAGCAAGAGGGUAUAGACACUUGAACGUACUACAUCUUCUUUAGGUUGAUGAUAAUGACUGAACCUGUUCGUCUAUUUCUUACUAUAUAUAUGGAAUUUCCUUACUUUAAUUUUAAACUGCAGUUGUCUUAUUCAGCCAACAAGACUUAACUCCAUAAAUGAAUCGUAGCUGUAUGAAAAUACUGGAUAUGUGAAGUAGCAUGUGAUCACAUUAUUAUUAUUAUGAUUGGAGAAGCAAAUCCACAGAUAUGUAAUUGUACAUACGUUAUAUUUAAAGAUAAAAUUGUACAGAUAGCUUUCGGGAAUCUGACGCUUUGGUGUGACGUACAGAAUGCCAUCUGACAUUCCAUUAUUAUUAGAGUUGAAUUAUCAUUCGCAUAAGGCACUGUUAUUUUGAGACGCAAGUAUGUCGAAAUAUGCCAAUGUGCGCGUGCGUGUGUAGUAUGUGCUGAUGUGUUUUGAGAGCUGAAGACACUGAGAAUUCAACCAUUGACUGCCCUUUGAGUAAACAUAAAGUAAUGUCUUUAACUAAUGUUAUUAACCUCGUAUGUA